UGUUGGGGUUUAUGUCUAUUGCUACAUAUUACUUUUUUUUUAAAGCUCUCUUUCACCUCGUCGGCUCUUCCAAUGUUGAUGUGAAAAAUGCAAUGACCUUCAGUGGGCCUCUGGAAGACAUGUUCGGGUACACAGUCCAACAGUAUGAAAAUGAGGAAGGGAAAUGGGUACUUAUUGGUUCACCGUUAGUUGGCCAACCUGAGAAAAGAACAGGAGAUGUAUACAAAUGCCCUGUAGGAAGGGACAACCAAUCACCCUGCAUAAAACUGAACUUACCAGCUGCUACUUCAGUUCCUAACGUUGUGGAAGUAAAAGAAAACAUGACUCUUGGAACGACCUUAGUGACUAACCCAAAAGGAGGCUUUCUGGCAUGUGGACCACUUUACGCUUAUAAAUGUGGGCGUUUGCAUUACACAACUGGCGUUUGCUCUAAUGUCAGCUCCACUUUUGAAACCGUUGAGGCGAUUGCUCCGUCUGUGCAAGAAUGUAAAACCCAGUUGGACAUUGUCAUAGUCCUCGAUGGGUCCAACAGUAUUUAUCCAUGGGAGAGUGUCACAGCCUUCCUAAACAGCCUCCUGAAAAACAUGGAUAUUGGUCCUCAGCAAACACAGGUUGGAAUUGUUCAGUACGGACAGACUGUAGUCCAUGAAUUUUUCCUGAAUACAUACUCAACAACAGAAGAUGUGAUGGCUGCAGCCACGAGAAUACACCAGCGGGGUGGCACGCAAACUAUGACAGCCCUGGGAAUAGAUACGGCAAGGAAAGAGGCUUUUACUGAGGCUCAUGGUGCCCGAAGAGGAGUACAAAAAGUAAUGGUUAUUGUGACUGAUGGAGAAUCACACGACAACUACAGAUUAAAAGAAGUGAUCGAUAAUUGUGAAGAUGAAAACAUUCAGAGAUUUGCUAUUGCUAUUCUUGGCAGCUACAACAGAGGAAAUUUAAGUACUGAGAAAUUUGUAGAGGAAAUAAAAUCAAUUGCCAGUAAGCCUACUGAAAAGCAUUUCUUCAAUGUCUCAGAUGAAUUAGCUCUUGUAACUAUCGUUGAAGCACUUGGAGAGAGAAUCUUUGCCCUGGAAGCAACAACAGACCAGCAGGCAGCCUCAUUUGAAAUGGAAAUGUCUCAAGCUGGUUUCAGUGCUCAUUACUCUCAGGAUUGGAUCAUGCUUGGAGCAGUUGGAGCAUAUGACUGGAACGGCACAGUGCUGAUGGUGAAGGACAGUGGUACUUCAAUGCCAACUAAUGACACUUUUCGUGACAGGCUUUCAGAAAAAAAUGAACCCCUUGCAGCCUAUCUAGGAUAUACUGUGAAUUCAGCAUUGACACCUGGAGGUGUACUGUACAUAGCAGGACAGCCACGAUACAAUCACACUGGCCAAGUUAUCAUUUAUAAAAUGGAAGGAAGAGAGGUACAAGUACUUCAGAGGUUAAAUGGAGAACAAAUUGGGUCAUACUUUGGCGGUGUUAUUACCACAAUUGAUAUCAAUAGGGACUCAUUUACAGACCUUCUUCUUGUUGGAGCACCUAUGUAUAUGGGAACUGAGAAAGAGGAGCAAGGGAAAGUAUAUGUUUAUGGCCUAAACAAGACAAAUUUUGAAUAUCAGAUGAGUCUUGAACCUAUAAAGCAAACAUGCUGUUCGCCGUUAAAACACGACACCUGCAAAGUUCUUAAGAAUGAGCCUUGCGGUGCACGCUUCGGGACUGCAGUUGCUGCAGUGAAAGAUCUCAACCUUGAUGGAUAUAAUGACAUUGUAAUAGGUUCUCCCUUAGAGGAUGAUCACCGGGGAGCUGUUUAUAUUUAUCAUGGCCAUGGCAACACAAUCAGUAAAAAAUAUUCACAGCGUAUUGCAUCAGGUGGAGAUGGGGAAAAAGUGAAAUUUUUUGGCCAGUCUGUGCAUGGAGAAAUGGAUUUAAAUGAUGACGGGCUGAUUGAUGUCACCAUUGGAGGCCUUGGUGGGGCUGCCCUCUUCUGGUCUCGUGAUGUGGCUGAAGUAAAUGUUUCCAUGCAAUUUACACCCAAAAGCAUCAAUAUCCAACAACAAAAUUGUCAGAUAAAUAAAAGAAAAACAAUAUGCAUAAACGCCACAAUUUGUUUUAAGACCAGGCUAAAGUCAAAGGAAGAUGCAUUUGAAUCCAGUCUGCAAUAUUGGAUUACUCUUGACUCACAAAGACAAAUAUCUCGAAGCUUGUUCACAGAAAGCCAUGAGAGGAAAAUGCAAAAAAAUAUAACUAUCAAGGGGUCAGAAUGUAUUAAACAUAACUUCUACAUGUUGGCAA